AUGGCUUGGCGAGAUGAGUGCCGGAAGGUUCGAGCUCGGGUGGAGAAAGCGGACCGAGGGUACUUCUUUGUGAAGCCUGUGGUAGAGUGUGAGCUACCCGAUGACGUGAAGCGACGGUAUAAGAUGGCGAUCAGCGAUCCGAUGGACUUGAGGACAGUUGGGGAGAAGUUGGACGGCGACGCGCUGUAUUCUCCUGAGGGGUUCGAGAAGGAUAUGAAUUUGAUGUUCACCAAUUGUUUCGUGUUUAACACUCCGGGAGAGUAUGCUCAUACGGAGGGGAAGCGGUUGAAGAAACUAUUCGAUUCGGCGUGGAAGUCGGCAAAGGAGAGAAUCAAUAAAGGUGCUGCUCGAACACCAGCUGGUCGUAGUGGGAAGAAAACAGGGGGGCGGAAGGUGAAUGAGACCGGUAAUGGGCGCGAUGGGAAAUGGUGGAGGAAAAGUGUCUUUUGUGAUGAUGAUAUGGUCACUAUAUGUGUUGGAGAAUCCUGA